GCUGCCGAUGGUUUGGCCCACAAAAGCCAGUCAUUGCUGUCACGCUGCCAUAGCAACCAGGGAAUACUCACCGCCGUCAGUGGAGUGGAGUGUUUGAGGGGGGAUAGAGAGAGAGCAGAACGUGGUGAGUGGGAGUCCAGACGGACCACAACAACCAAAAAGGGACUGAUUUUCACCUACGAUUUUUCCUCACUUUGGCUUCCGGGCGGACUUUAACAGCUGGCUCAGACAUGGCCGCCAGCACAGCAGCUACAACUGUCCUGCCUCCGGUGAAGAGCGUGGUGGUGUACAGGAAUGGAGACCCCUUCUACAAUGGGCGCAGGUUUGUGGUGAACCAGCGACAGGUGGCCACCAUGGAGGCCUUCCUGAAUGAAGUGACCCAGAGCAUUGGCGCUCCGCUUGCCAUCAGGACCCUGUACACCCCCAGACAGGGCCACAGGGUCACCGACCUGCAGGACCUGCAGACCGGAUCCCAGUAUGUGGCUGCUGGCUUCGAGAGGUUCAAGAAACUGGAUUACCUCCACACAGGAGUGAAAAAGCCACCAGUGCCUCGAGAGGAAUACCAGGCCAAAUUCACACAGAGGCCAAACGUCUCAGCCAAAUGGAGGAAGUUUAUACCUGUACCUUGCAUCUUACAUGUUUUCCGUAAUGGAGAUCUCCUGUGUCCACCCUUCCGAUUCAUCAUUCCUCGGAGCAUGCGGCAGGACCUGGGGCAGAUCCUGAGUCUGGUCACAGAGAAGGUCAGCUUACGAACGGGGGCUGUCCGCAGGUUGUGCACCCUGGAAGGACUGACUGUGGCCUCAGCUGCAGAGCUGGAGACUGGCCACUGCUACGUUGCCGUGGGAACUGAGAAGUUCAAGAAACUUCCAUAUGUGGAGCUGUUGGUUUCAAAAGCUACAGAGAGAUAUUACCAAGGAAAGAGGAGGCUGUCAAGGAGAAAUGAGAACAGGAAAGCAGGAAGCGGUCCAGAAGACCAGCACAGUGACUCAGCUCUCCUCGAAUCCCCAGAGUCGGAUGGUCGCAGGGUGAAGUCGACAGGGGAUGAAGCUGCAGCUCCGGCAGCCUCGCAGCAGCAGAGGAGCGGCGGGAGAGAUGCAGCGGAUGAGCCAUCCAUGUUCUUCUCCAGGCCAGUGAAGAUCCGCCAUAACAGGGGGCCGCCUAGACCACCACUCAGCAAUGGAUCUGUCCAGUCCAGCGUAUUCAAAAGGGCAGCAAGGCAGAAAAGAGAGGAGGUACGAGGAGCUGAGGAGGUGCACGAGGAUGAAAACACAGCUACAGAGUUUCCUGUUGACCAGAGAGUUGCAGAAAUAGUGGAGGACGAGGAGCUAAACAACCAAGCCCAUCCUCUGCAAAACACAACGCAGAUCCUAAAGAGUGAGCAGCACAAUGAGGGGGAACACCCACACAAACACAAUGGAAAGCAGGCGCUGUCACCCGAGCAAGAAGGUGUGGAACAGACAGAAAACUCAACCAGGCCUGAGGAGUCUGCUGCAGGAAUACUGGAGCCGACACUGCAGCAGACGUCAGCAAACUCAAGGCCGUCGUCAUCUACCUCUCAGGGAAUAAAAAGGGAAGACAAGGAAUUUCAGAAGAAUGCCCCGUUGAUUGCAGCGGAACAGAACCAUCACCAGGAGGGCUGAUGAGAACGAAACAUUUAUAGAGGAGGGAAAAUCAUCCAGAUAACCUCGAGACUUCUGUUCCUCUGAUGACCCAUGAGUCAGUGUAUGUUUUAUUAAAGGUCACAUAUUAUACAAAAUUCCCCUUACCAUGUAUUUCUAACACGAAUAUGUGUCUCUAGUCUGUCUACAAACCCCCCCGUUAUGAGAAAAGUCCAUCCUCUCCUCUCGUCUUCUGCCUGCUCCACUUUUCAGAAAAUGUGUGGUCAAACAGGCUGUUUGGAGAUUUUCCCUUCAUGACAUCACAAAGGGCAAUAACCCCUCCCCCAGGUGGGUGACACUCCCACAGCUAGGUGUUUGUUCUGCCCUCUGAGUCUGCCUUCUCACCGUAAACAAUAGGGCAUGAUGCGAGAAAGCCUGAGAUACCCAAACCCUUCCAGAGAGGGGGCGUGGUCAGACACAGCUCAUUUACAUAUUUAAAGGUACAGACACAGAAACAGCCUGUUCUGAGCAGGGCUGAAAUAGAGGGGUUUAUAGACAUGAUCAAAUACAGGAUCAGGAGUGGAUCUUCACAGAUGUGUCUUUGGGGAGCUCUGAGACUUAUUUAAACUGGUUAAAAGGGAGUAUCAUAUGUGACCUUUAAAACUGGUAAUAAUGUCACUGUGAUAUGUUGAGCCAAGUUCAGAACUAGAAUGUAUGUUGUUAUCUUUUGGACGAUGUUACGAGUCAGAAAUGUGAACAAACAAAUGAACGAACACAGCAGGAAAUCAAACUCUUGUUUUAACGAGUCCAGCCUGUUUUAACUGGGAUCAUUGUGAAUCCAAUGUGCCGUAGUUCAACGAACCAAUACAUUCCACAUUCACAGCGUGUACAUAAGAAGCUAUAUUUUGGGAUGUUUGACGACGCUGCAUGCAUUUUGAAUUGCAGAGAUCGGAGUAGGAGGUAUUUUUAUUUGCCAACAUUUUAUUAAUAAAACAACAGCCACAUCACAAGCUUCACAAGUGCAAGAGUAACAGAGUUGUCCGUACGAUGUUUUGUGAGGUAAUAAAAAAUGUAUGUACGAUG